UGAGCCCUUCACGAGUAAAUACCUAUCUCGAGAAAUAUCACAACCAUUUACAAUGAGACAAAAACCAGUAUAUUCAUGACACUCUGGAUCCUUCGACGAAUCUCAGGCUUCUAACAUGUUAAACCAAACGAAUUUCGAUGGCUUGGCGAGUUUCGCCGAAAUUCUUCCGUGCGGAUCACAGGGCCGAUGGACCACGUCAGAUCCACGUCCCUCUUUCCCCGCUCUGGAGAUUGUCCGUGCUCUCUGGGCUUAUGAUUACGACCAUAUAAGAGUUUCAUAACCGCUCGCGUCUUGAACUUUGUUACCAGCUUCAUCAUGUCAUCGAUCGCGCAGGCCUCUGCAAUCGAGCUGCACACGAUCCCCUCGCAGACGGCCGAGGGGAACCUCAAGACGAUCAAUCACAGUGUGGGUAUGGAGGAGGUGCACAAGCAGGCGGAUAGUGCUCCGGAGAGAGCGGAAAGCACUCCCCGGUCUAAAGAGCAUGUACUGCGUGAGCGCAUCCAGUUGUUCGCCCUGUAUUGGUGGUAAGAGAAUUGGAUGCUCCUUCCAGAUAAGCAGCUGACCCGAAACUCUGCAGUAUGGUAGCCGCUGGGUGGAACGAUGGUACGCUUGCGUUUCUCCGGCAACAGCUCAAUGGACUUUGUCUCCAGGCUCCUCUGGGCCUUUAAUUCCGCGAAUUCAGCAAGUGUACCAUGUCAGUAUCCCAGCUGUUGAGAUCCACUCUCUGACGCUGAUUUACUAAUCUAGGUUGGCUUCGCCGUCGUUUCCUUGAUUUUCGUUUGCGCCUGUGUUGUGCGUCUGCUCUGGCCGGUGUAACUCUCCGUUGAUCUCCGCAUCAGGGCUUUGUGGGAGGUGCACUGGUCAAUGUACCUAUGACUGACCGCUUAGGGUUUGGCAAGGUGGGUUGGUCCCUUUAACUCUCCCCUUCCAUUAUGCUGAAGUCCAACCGCGCAGAUGAUCGCCCUUGGUUUGUCUGCAGAGUAUUCGAUGCGAUGAUAAAGGCUCAAGUGAUGAUGGGUGCCAGGCUCCGUCUUCCAGGUCGUCGCAUAUGCGAUCCAGUCCGCUGCACCACCCUUCCCCGCGUUCCUGAUCUCCUUUCCUAUCAAUGGAAUAGGGAUGGCGAUCCAGGUAGAAAGCUCUACAUGCCCCCAUUUUUCUUUCGCUCAUCCUUUGAAAGGACGCCCAAGCCAAUGGCUACAUCGCGAGCUUGACGAACAGCCCCGAAAUCAAAAUGGGUUUACUCCACGGCGCGUAUGGGGCUGGCGCGCUGGCGUCUCCGCUAGUGGCGACGCAGUUCGCCCACCUUCAGCACUGGUCGUUCCACUAUCUCUGCUCGCUCGGCAUUGCGGUCAUCAACACCAUCUUGCUCGUCUGCGUCUUCCGGUUCAAGUCUCAAGACGGUGCGCUCACUGUUCCAUCGCAGCACCGCCGACGUCGCUGACCAUUCACCUACGAAAAGAAUGUCUUGCGUCAGUGGGCGAGGCCGCAGGCGAAUCGGGCACCAGCGAGCACAGCACGUUCCGGCAAAUCAUGACGAUGAAAACAGUGCACCUGAUCGCGGCCUUUAUCCUUAUAUAUGUCGGCGUGGAGGUCACCAUCGGCGGGUGGAUUGUCACGUACAUCAUCGAGGUCAGAGGGGGAGGCAGGUCUUCGGGUUACGUCUCCGCCGGGUUCUUCGGUGGUCUGAUGCUUGGCCGGAUUGGGCUGUUGUGGUUGAAUCAAAAGGUGGGAGAAAGACGGGUCAUCUUCAUCUACUCCAUUCUCGCCGUCGCACUUGAGCUAGUCGUAUGGCUUGUGCCAUCUCUGAUCGGCGACGCCGUCGCAGUCUCUAUUGUUGGAGUCCUCCUGGGACCCAUCUAUCCCCUGACUAUGAACCACACCGGGCGCGUCCUCCCUGGAUGGCUUCUCACCGGUUCCAUCGGCUACAUUGCCGGGUUGGGUCAGGCGGGUAGUGCUAUCUUCCCCUUCAUGACUGGAGCGAUCUCCUCCCGAGCAGGCAUCAAGGCCUUGCAGCCAGUGUUGAUUUCGAUGAUGGUUGUAAUGAUCAUCCUUUGGGCCUUGAUUUCUCGGCCGUCCCGAAAGAUAGACUAGAUCAUAUUAGUCUACGGAGUGCUGCUUAACCUUCCUGUCGAUUUUUCUCACAAUGGACAUCGUUGCUAUCUCGGAUUCGGAAGGGAGCUGUAGAGACGUGCAAGUAGUGCAAGGCAGUGUGUAUAUGACGUCACGCGCCGAGAAAAUCACGUGCGUUAAUUCAGUCGCUGGCUUUCACUGCCUCGCUUCUACUCAAACGCUCUUCAUAUCACAAGCAGGUGAGUUAAUAACUCAUAGGGCAUCCCUAAA